UACCGCAGGGAUGGUUCACGCCAAUGGCAGUCCACCCGCUGUCCAUCCACUGGCAGCCAACCAAUAAUAUGCACACCACAUCGCACCACCGCACGCAGCUGCGUCCGUCGCUCGCCCCCCUCCCACUCACUGGUCUGUCACUCAUUUAUUUCGUCACGGAGAGCACCACCGAGCAAGCGCUCUGCGGCCGGAGGGUCACGUGCAGCGGCAGGGCGUAAGACGGCGGAGGCGACGUCGCCUUGAGCAGAUCCCCUACCGGCGAGAAGGCCGGAAAGGGCCGGACAUCCUGAUUGAUGACACACACCACCGACAGACAACCAUUCCUUGCUCAUGUCUGUCUGUCUGUCUAUCGUGGUGUCUUCGCCCUCCUCGCUCACUCACGCACUUUGAACAUUUCGCAGGUUGCGUUGACGGGGCACCUGUCCCACAGGUGCCACAGCUCCUGGCUCCUCUUCUCGCCCUCGCCACCAGCACCAGGCCCACCCCCACUGCCCUUCGCCCCCACAAGCUCCUCCUCAUUCAUAUGCCGUCCAGUGGUGGCCUCAACGGCAUUGCGCCCCAGCACCCACCACGGCCUGGGAAAGCUCACCCACCGCUCCCCCAGACGCACGUCGCAGCGGCCGGCGGGGAAGGAGCGCACCUGAUCGAUCUUGGCCGUGAAUGUCUCCUUGAGCACCCAGCCACCUGCCGGGAUGAUGGCGAGAGACGCCUGGAUGGGGUCCUUGGCGUGUGUCUUGGCGUAGGUGAGGGAGAGGGUGAGGGUGCGGGGGAUGGAGGGGGAGAUGAAGGCCACCCCGUACAGCCCUCUAUCUGCGUCGACGCCGUGUGGGAGGGGGAGUAUGUGUGUCUUGAUGGGGGGCAGGUGGCCGAUCAUCGAGUGCAGGGCGUCCUGAGCCAUGGUCGACUCGCACUGCCUGUCCACACAGACAGAGAACACAGACAACAGAAUGUGUGUGUGUGUGUGUGUGGAUGGAUGGAUGGGCUUGCAGGGUCCAUUUGUGUGUACUUGUUGACGAGGCCGUAGCACUGUCUGCCGAAGCUGUUGAGCGUCCAGUAGCCCACAGGCGUCACGCCAUAACUCAGCAUGGACACUAAGUACCUGACCACAGGACACACACACACACAGCAGCCAGCAAAACGAAUGAGACACAUGUCUCACUGCAGACAGAAAGGCGCUUUCUGUCGUGCGUACGUCAUGAGCCUGACGCCGUACUCGGCGUGCAGUGUGGAGACGUCCUUGCUGGCGUACUCGAGGCUGUAUUUGCCCUUGUAGCAGCUGUCAGGCACCUCCGGGUACUGAACAAACAAACGAAGCAAGGAAGGAACGAUCUGUCACCGUGCAGGCAGGCAGGCGUCUCAUUCCUCCAGCAGUAAACCCGACCUUCUUGCCGGCGAUGAUAUUUGUCUUGACCCCCCACUCUGUCGCCACAAUCCCCAUCGGCUGCUUCACCUCACUGUCCCCCCACCUGCAGCGCACACAAGAGGCGUCCACACGGCCCGGCAUGGCGUGUAGCGACGACUGCUGGUCGGCGUACUUGGUGUGGAUGAGGUAUUCUAUGGCUUUGGGCAGGAACGACGCCACUGCUGCCUGGUACCAGGGACCAAAUUGAGGGCAGAAUGAAUCCUCCCUGCACCAUCCAUCCACAAGGACAUUGCCAUUUUGCCAUGGUGCCAUGGUGCCAUGGUGGGAAGAGUACCAGAAGUGGAAGCUCCAGUGGUCCAGAGCCUGAAGCGGAUGGAUUGACGGGACACGAUCGUGCUGCUAGUCAGUCAUCGAAAUCGGUCGGUCUUUUCACUCACCGCGAGCGCUUCGGCGUCCUGGACUGUCCAAUAGAGGUACCGCAGACACGUGCACAGACCCACACACGAUGGACCCAACAGACCUGCAUUCCCAUUCAUUCAUCUCUUUACCUCUUUCUCUCUCUCUCUCUGUGCGUGUGAGUCUAUGUGCCGACCAGUGGUGAUGUUGAGUGUGUCGAGGCUCGAUCUGAGUGUUUUGAGCAGGUCGGGAUAAGAGGUGUCGCGGAUCUUCGGGCCCACAUCUGAUGAAUGGAUGAAUGGAUGGAUGGAUGAAUGGAUGGACGCAAGAACACACAACGCCAGGAUGGCUGAUUUGGCUCUUUUUGCGUACAUGAUCCGUGUUGUUCUCCGAAGUCCGGCUCGUUAAUCAGCUCCAGAUACUCCGGUGCACGACCUAGCGACUGGCGCCAGAGCACACGCACAUACAGAGGCGGGCAAGAUGGAUCGUGGUGGAUGGAUGGAGGGAUGAGUGCCGGUGGUCCAUCGUAUCACGCACCUUUUGGAUGUACUGGAGGGUGCAGGCCGUCACCUUGCUAAAGUCGUCAAACCGAUCGGGACUGCACCUCAGACACACACACACAUCGAUCGAUCCUCCUCAUUGGGCUCUCUGUGUGUAUGUGCCAUGGAAGUGUGUGACUUUACGUGAGGUUCCACUUGAUGGAUGCCGGAGGGAUCAUGGAGACUUGACCAACCACCUUCAGCCCACCCUGCCACGCACUCGUCAACGCCGUGAAGGCAGCCUACGCACACAAAAGGAGAGAGAAGCGGAGCGGAUGCCUUCAAUCUUUCCUUGCGUUCGCCUUUCUGACCUUUUUGCCUUUCCAUCUUUCCAGCCGGUUCCUCACCCACUUGCAGACGGCGUCAUAGGAUGCGUCGAUUGGGAUGGGGUAGCUCUUGCUCUCAUAGGGGCUCGGAGCCACCACUAUCCUCGUGUACCUGCACACGCGCACAGACACAGACAGGCCACCACCGAUGGGCCAUGAUGGCUUGCCACGGACGACACUUCUAUACUUGAAGGUCGAGCUGAAGUUCUUCUGCACUGCCGCCAUGGCCUGCGCGGCGCUGCAGCCUUUCGGCAACGCCUCCGUCGAAAGGAACCCCCCAAACUCCAUCUCCUUGAGCCCUUCCAAGUGGCUCAUGUCCAUCACCGCAGCCACGGGCACCUGCCACGGCGACGCGUAGAAGGUCACCGCAUUGCACACGCCUAUGCUGCUCUCAGGGGCCGAUGCGCCGGCAGGGCCGACGGAGAGAUAGCAGAAGCCCUCGAUGAGGUACGGCAGCGCCAGCCAGACGGCCCACCACCCUCCUCCCGCAAGGCAGACGAACACACACAGCUUCCAGAGGAGCAAGAGUCGGGUGCAGGGGUGGUGACGACGCUCGGAGACCGCCCUGUGUGUUGAGAUGAGGGUAGUCUUGUCAUCUGCUGCCGAUGUGGAUCUGUCGGCUGCUGCGGUGAUCUCGAAAGCAGCUGCCAGUGGCUUCGGCCAGGGCCGCUCGCCCCGGGCACUGUCGGUCCGCUCUGUGGCUGCGCUACUGGCCGUCGUGGUCACUCGGUGGUAGGACGCCGAUGCGGCGGAUGUGUCAGGCUCCAUCAUCUAACACAAGCCAAAAUCAG